UUUAUUCUAUUUGUCUUUGAGGGGGAUAACACGGUUAGCAUGUUAGGCUAGCAAGAGCAGUAGCGAGUACUAGCAUACCUGUACGUCGGAUCUACGUCCCACCCGCUGCUACAGCCGCUGCUAGGCAACGGCAACGUGGAGGCUACCACUAGCCUUACAGUUGGUCACAGAUGCGAACACCAAAUAAACUCUGUAUGACUCAAAUUAUUGUUUCACGUGAUACUGGCCUUGCAAUGCAGAGAAGCUACUUUAUGAUCCAAUCAAAAUAACUAUUUGUAAUAUGUUUAUCUAAUGUCUAUUGUUUUACUGUUUUAGUUAGUUAGCUGAAUCCCUCGCCUUGCAUUCAUCACAAUUUGAGUUUUAUUGCGUCUUCUUCAGCAUUUUUGUACCCCAAGCAUAUUGUGUUUUUUUCACGGCAGACACUUUGAUUUAUUGCAGGAACAACACAGAUGUUACUAAUAACAUUAAUGGCUCAGUUAUAUUCAGGUCUCCCAAUUGGCUGUGGCAGCGAGUCAGCAAACACAGCACCAGGACCCUGAAAGUCACAACUUUAAGUUGCAUUGGGAUGAUCAAUGAUACCCUGCCACCCAGUGACCAGUAGGGAUGUAAAACACCCUGCUGAAGUUCUAGAUUGGGCAGGUGUGAAGCGUAUUAACAAAGAAAACGAACUCGACGAAAGCCUCCGUUGUGCGGCUUUGCAGCGAUGCCCGUCCUUGGCUCCGUGCCCGAUGCCAGCGCACCUCGCGGGAACCACAGAAAUGUUCCUCCCGACCCAGAGUGUACACCGAACCGCAACUCACACCAGUUGCAGGAUGAGACCAUCCAGAGACUUUGAGAUGUUCUGCUCUCACACCAGGCCCGUGACUCCCAGGCUUCCCAGCAGCAUCAGGCACACUGGACUAAAGCCUCCGUCCAACUGAACCAGGGCUAGCUGGAUAUCCACGGGCAAGGAUCUUUCAGUCCUUGCCUGAACUGCAACAGAGCUGACUGGAUCUCCGGAGGAACAGUCGUAUGCAGCAAUACCAAAUUCAUCUUCAAAGCCAGACCAGCGGGCCCAGGAGCUCCAGAGUCAGCGAGUCACAAGUGUAGGUGGACGUGCAGUGGAUGAGCUCUCAGUAAGACCCUGCCCCCCUCGCUCCUCUAGUCGAGACUGAUGGCGAUGUAUGGUUCUGCUCAAGGUCUCUUCCUGUUCUGCAGUAAAUGGGCAUCUGGUGCAGAUGAGGCAGUGAAUGGAGCACUAAUGGAACGUGAGCAGCCUUACUUGAACAAUGCACCUUCAUAGUCACUGCCUAAUCCCAGCAGCGCUGGCUCAGGAACAGAUUACCGCUUCCAGACACCAGAGGGGAGAAAAGCAGGGUGGUGGUGGUGGGGUGGAAAAGAGAUGCCCUAGCGAUACAAUAUACAGAGAGAUCGAAGAAGCCAGCAUAUGAAUGUGAACGUGCACACACACACUCAUAUAUGUUUACAGCAGAGUAAUCACAUUAACAAUCAAACCAAUACAAUGCAGUGUGCACUGCUAAAUUUUAUUCCUAAGUGUAAGAGGAAAAAACAUGAAAUCUAAUGGACUAGUCAUUGUAGUGAUCGCUUAUGUUUUUUUCUCUUCACUCCAGAAUGAAGAAAAGAUCUUGCUGCUACCUGCGGAGUUAUCUAACAUGGCUGCCUCAAUCAGCAGAUUUACCAGAUGAUGUCAUUUUCAUCCAAGCAGACGGGUCAGCAGGAAGAAGAAGACAGACAGAAAGAGAGACAAUUGCCUACCCUGAAGCUGGCGUUGAACAAUCUGCCGACUGGUCAAAAACUUGUGAAGCCGAGAACAGUUUUUGCAGGAAAGGCUCUAACCCAGACCCCGGAGCAGUGUGCCCAAGGCAUCCUGGAGUAGAGUAUGCAUCUUGCAGAGGUGUGUCAACUAAGGAGAGGUGUCCAAACUCAACCCGCUCAGAAAUGGCUGUCUGCAGAAUAGUGGAUGAACUACUGCGCGUGAUUGAUCUGUUGAAAACACAGGAAUCAGGCCCAGCAGCCAGCAGCUGGAGUGACCCAGCAUGGCGUCCCCUCAGCAUACUCAGGGUCCUAAGGAAGACCAAAGAUGCUUGUAUGAGCGAGUGCAGGCUUGCAGAGCUGAGGAUCCAACUUGCAGGGGGCCAAGAGUGGCAGCCAUUGCCAGCAGGGAUGUUUUGUCUAAAUGAAGCUUCUGUCGUUUAUUCCCCAUCUCGUUCUUCCUCCAUCUCUGUCGCAGUACGAGGUGGAGGUUUUUGUUCGCGGUCAGAUGAGCUUGUGUCCACACCAUGCUGUCCUGUAACCGGUUGGUCCCGCGCCGCGACUGGGAUCUCUUUGCACUUUCACGCUGCUGUAUAUCGACCGGGCCUCAGUGACACCACGGAUGCUGGAGACCUGCUCAGUGCUCUGUUCCCUGACUGUGUGAGGAGCUGUGAUUGGUCGAGCAAAGAGCCCGAAGAAGAGGACACGAGUCACUGCCAGCCUUUCAGAGCCUGUGUCUUCCCAGCAGCCAUGACUAGAGUUUCUACUUCCUACCAUCACUUUGAUGACUCACAUUCCAACAGUCAUAUCCCAUGGACAUUUAUGAAUGACAAGAAUUUAAAACACAUUUAAGGGGAUUUUUUUGUGAAAUAUUUUAGAAUGUGGUAAAAAGAAUGUAUGAAAGCUGAAAACAUGUAUUUAUGUCAUUCAAGAAAUUAUUUUUGUUACUUAUACUUUUUGAGUUCACUGUCUCAUUUAAGAAUUUAACUUACAUGUGUUGUUUCUUUUAGUUUCUUUAGAAUUAUUACACUCUCAGAAUAUAUAUUAUAUAAAUGAUUAGAAAUUGUAACAGUGUAGGGUGAAACAUUAUUUUGUAUCGUGCUAUUAAUUGUUAUUCUUUAGAAUGUCCUGAAUCACAAUAGUGUUUUAAUUUCAUAGAUUUUUACUGAAUGUAAGUUGAACACACGAGCUGAAAGGAAUAUGAAUCUAUUUUUCAUGAUGAAGUUUUUUUAUAUUGAUUUCUGCACAAGGAAAGUAGAGCUUGUGGUGUUUUGAGUCACUUACAGUAACUAUAUUCAUAGACCCCACAAGCCAGUGUAGCCAACGUCUUAAUGAAUAUGGGCAGAUAGACAAAAAAUUGCAGCCAAAUAAAAGUAUAAUAAAGGCAUCUAAAUCCUAA